AUGCAUACCGCGAAUAUAUUAGUAAGAAAUACCGUUUUAACGAACCAGAAAUUUAAGUCGACAUCGGGGCGAUUAGUUCGGAACUUUACUAGAAUUGCAUCACAUAAUAAUAAAUUACAGAAUUCUCGUGUAUUAAGUAGUUAUAGUGGAUUAGGUUCACAUAGUCGUGUUUGUUGUUAUAAUGUUGGAUUUCUACCACGAGUUGCACAGCCUUCUAAUAUCAGAUUGUAUUCAACUGAAAAUAAGAAUGACCCUCCUGAAGAAGAUUCAGAAGUAAAAGACGAAACUCCUUUGUUUACAAGUCAGUUGCCAGCUACGGUCGCUGUUCCCGAAGUGUGGCCACAAGUGCCAGUCAUUGCUAUCAAUAGAAAUCCAGUGUUCCCAAGGUUUAUUAAAUUAAUUGAGAUUUCAAAUCCUGCCCUAAUUGAUUUAAUUAGGCGUAAGGUAAAGCUCAAUCAACCAUACGUUGGUAUAUUUUUACGAAAGAAAGAGGAUGAGAAGUCAGAUGUUGUGUCAAAUCUUGAUGACCUGCACCAAGUGGGGGUGUUUGCACAGAUUCACGAAAUGCAAGAUAUGGACUAUAAGUUGAGAUUAGUUGUGAUGGCACAUAGAAGAAUUCGUAUCACAGGACAGUUUAUAGAGGAUGAAGUUGAGACUGGACCAGCUGAAAUGAAGCUCAAGUUUCCUAUAUUUGAUGUGGAAAUUAAUGUUACCCGUGAAGAGUCGGACGCGGAACGGAGACGGCGGAAGCACCGAACCACCAGGCGACAGAAGAAUGGCCCCGAGACUGAGGAGCAAGCGGAAAAGAAGAAAGCUAUUAUCGAUCAAGUUCUGAUGGUGAAAGUUGAGAAUGUUAUGCAUGAGAAGUUCCAGCAGAAUGAAGAAGUCAAGGCUCUGACACAGGAAGUUAUUAAGACAAUUCGUGAUAUCAUAAAUCUCAAUCCAUUGUACAGGGAGUCGCUGCACCACAUGCUGGCGCAGGGGCAGCGCGUGGUGGACAACCCGGUGUACCUCAGCGACCUGGGCGCCGCGCUCACCGGCGCCGAGCCCGCCGAGCUGCAAGCUGUGCUGGACGAGACCGACAUUCCAAAACGACUGAUGAUGUCGCUUUCACUACUCAAGAAGGAAUACGAGCUGUCGAAAUUGCAGCAGAAGAUUGGUAAAGAAGUGGAGGAGAAGGUGAAGCAACAGCAUCGCAAGUACAUCCUGCACGAGCAGCUCAAAGUAAUCAAGAAAGAGUUGGGUCUGGAGAAGGAUGACAAGGACGCGAUUGGAGAGAAAUUCCGGGAACGUCUCGCAGAUAAACAAGUGCCAGAAGCUGUGCAGACAGUCAUUGACGAGGAGCUCAACAAGCUCAACUUUCUGGAAAGCCACAGCUCCGAGUUCAAUGUAACACGAUGCUACCUCGACUGGCUGACUUCACUACCAUGGGGUCUCACAUCCGAGGAGAAUCUGAAAUUAGAAGAAGCUCAAGUCAUUUUGGACGAAGAUCACUACGGGAUGGAGGACAUAAAGAAGAGGAUCCUGGAGUUCAUAGCAGUUUCUCAACUCAAAGGCAGUACUCAGGGCAAAAUACUGUGCUUCCAUGGACCGCCUGGAGUCGGCAAAACUAGUAUAGCUCGUUCCAUUGCUCGUGCGUUAAACCGUCAGUACUUCCGAUUCUCCGUGGGCGGUAUGACAGAUGUGGCCGAGAUCAAAGGUCACAGGCGUACGUAUGUUGGAGCUAUGCCAGGUAAACUGGUACAGUGCCUCAAGAAGACCAACACGGAAAACCCACUGGUGCUCAUCGAUGAGGUCGACAAGAUUGGCAAAGGCGUCCAUGGCGACCCGGCGUCCGCCCUGCUGGAGUUGCUGGACCCGGAGCAGAACGCGAACUUCCUGGACCACUACCUGGACGUGCCGGUGGACUUGUCCCGCGUGCUGUUCAUCUGCACGGCCAACGUGGUGGAGCACAUCCCCGAGCCGCUGCGCGACCGUAUGGAGCUCAUCGACAUGUCGGGAUACGUCGCAGAAGAGAAGAUGGCGAUCGCACAGCAGUACUUAGUGCCAACAGCGCGCAAAAACAGCGGCUUAAGUGAAACACAGCUCGACUUGAAGUCCGAUGCCCUGCAUGCUCUUAUCAAGUCCUAUUGUCGGGAGAGUGGAGUGAGAAAUCUGCAGAAGCAUAUUGAGAAGAUCGCGCGUAAAGUCGCGUUCAAGAUCGUGAAGCAGGAAGCUGAGCAGGUGUGCGUGGACGAGGGCAACCUGUCAGAGCUGGUGGGCAAGCCGACGUUCAAGCACGACCGCAUGUACGACAUCACGCCGCCCGGAGUUGUUAUGGGGCUCGCUUGGACCGCUAUGGGUGGAAGUACGUUGUACAUCGAAACAGCUCUUCGUAACACAGUACAAGAUGAUAAGUCACCAUUCGGCUCAAUGGAGCUGACGGGCCACCUCGGCGACGUGAUGAAGGAAUCCGCCCGGAUUGCGCUCACAGUCGCCAGGAAUUACCUCGCCAAGCAUCAUCCCAGCAACACUUUCUUGAAUACGAGCCACUUGCACCUGCACGUGCCGGAGGGCGCCACGCCCAAGGACGGUCCGUCGGCCGGCUGCACCAUCACCACGGCGCUCAUGUCGCUGGCGCUGGGCCAGAGCGUGCGCCCGCAGCUGGCCAUGACCGGCGAGAUCUCGCUCACCGGCAGGAUCCUGCCCGUGGGCGGCAUCAAGGAGAAGAUCAUCGCGGCUAAAAGGGUGGGUGUGAACUGCGUGAUCCUCCCUGAGGAUAACCGGCGCGACUUCGACGACUUGCCCUCGUUCAUCAGAGAGGACAUCGACGUUCAUUUCGUCAAUGAGUAUGAAGAAGUGUUCAAGAUUGCAUUUGACCAGCAACAGGUCUAG